AAAUUGUUUUUCUUUCGUGUUUAUUAUUUACUAGUUUUCUUUUGCGCUCGCCUUUCGUUUUGUUUUCCAUGUUUUAAUCCCGUUUUUCGGAAAAGCUCGUUUCCAAUCUCGUGACAAGUUUUUCCGCCGCCCGGAAAGAUGCUAAGCCAAUUUUACUGUUUGUGUUUGUCGCUCCUCCUCUACUGCUUCGUGGGCGUGACGUGGGCUGAGGAGGGGGACUGCCGCCGCCUUAAGCGCGCAGAUAUCGAGGGCAGACUGUCCACAAAGACGCCGUACAGAGCGAUCGCCAAUUACGACGAAACGCCGCCGAAAUACGCCGGUUGCCAUCCGACGCGAAUUUGGUCCAUCAUCCGACACGGAACACGAAAUCCCAGCGAAUCUGUUAUUUUGCAGGCGCAAAAUCGCCUAUCUGAAAUAAAGAAUCGCAUUUUGGAUCAGCCGAAUCCGCCAAUCUGCACAGCUGAAUUGAGAAAACUGCGCCAAUGGCAUUGGAUGCACCUGAAUGCCACCGAAGAUGAGAAAUUACUGGUGGCCGAGGGGGAGGAUGAGUUGAUUGAGCUGGCGGAACGGAUGCAGAAGCGAUUCCCGGAUAUACUUCCUGAGUUAUACAAUCCAGAGUGGUACUACUUCAAGUAUACGGCGACACAGAGAACUCUGAAAAGCGCGGAAAGUUUUGCCACGGGCUUGUUUGGCCGUCAUCGCAUCCAUACUGUACGGUAUCCACCGCCUUUGCACGAGGAUCCUGUUUUGCGGUUCUAUAAGGGCUGUGGCAAGUGGAAAACUGACGUCGAUAAGAAUCCCGAAACCUUGGUCAACGCACGCAGGUUCCUUGCGGAGCCGCAGAUGCAGUCGGCAGUGGAGCAGGUACGGAGCAGCACCCGGCUACCGGAUCUUCAGCCGGAGGACGUUCAGCUUAUGUAUACGGUGUGUGCUUUCGAAACCGCCUGGCAUCGACCGCGUCGCGACUCUGGCUCGAGAUCCACAUACGAAUCCGUGUGGUGUAACUUCUUCGACGUGGCCGCCUUGGAGGCGCUGGAGUUCUUCGAGGAUCUGGAAUACUAUUGGAACGAUGGAUACGGCUACGAACUGACUCAUCGCAUUGCCUGUCCGGCAAUCGCAGAUAUGUUUGCGGCCAUUGGUUCCUCUGAGGAGAAACAGCAGCGACGAACCAACGCCACGUUGUACUUCACGCACUCGGGCACGCUUCUCAAAUUGCUGGCUCACCUGGGAUUGGCCCGGGACAAUAAGCCGCUGACGCACAAGCACUUUGCCAGCGAGCGUCUUUGGCGCACAAGCCAGAUCGACGCGUUCGCGACCAACUUGGCCUUUUUACGUUACGAUUGCGAUGAGGAGAAGCCGCAAGUCCUGGUGCUGCAUCAGGAGCGAGUGGUGCGCCUGCCCGGCUGCCCGCAGGACAAGGAUCUCUGUCCGCUGGCCACGUUGCGUCGCAUUUACGCCAAAAGCGUGGACCACUGCGACCGCGAGGAGAUGUGCCGUGUGAAGGCCAACUAAGUAUGGAGCACAUUUGGAAUGGAGCAGCUAAUGUGUUUUUGUGGCUCUGCUGCCCUGCCAUUGAAUGACCUCGGGAAAAGGGAUUCGUCGGAAAGUUAAGGAUACAACUGAUAUAAAGAUAUAAAGUUAAGAAUGGAAAAGAUGCGAAGGAACUGGAGUUUAGCGAUGAUCAGACUAGGACUAGUUGUGUAAGAGAUGAUCGGCCGGAGAGUUAGUUAUGUGUUGACCAAGUGGCAAGUCAAAUUCUGUGUGUUUCGUAUGCCUUAUUAAUCAAUGUGGACCAUCCACUCCAGAACCAGAUAUCUUUGAGCAGGAGUGCAGGAGACAGAGCGAGAUGGAGAGCGGAAAGAGAAAAAGAAAGAGAAAGGGACAGGUAGAGGAUAGCCCGUGUCAUGCUUUUUAGACCUUAGUCUAUAUACCCCGGAUGGCUCUCCAAAUACUGUCAGGAUUUACACGAUUUAUCUUGGGUUACUUUUUUUUUGUUAUUCGGUUAAUCAUGCUAUUACCCAUAGCCUAAUCCUUAUCCCAAAGCCAAGUGGCAACGCAUACUGUACAUAUAUAAAUACUUGAUGUAUAAGAUAUUUAACUAUAGUUAUAUUUACCCCAACACACCACACAUAUAUACAUAAACAAAAUCGUAGUUGUAUGCCUCUAAUCUAAUCGAUCCUUCGCCCCCAAAAGGAAACGUUCGUUGUGCUAACUUGUGUUAUAUACCUAUAAAUGAGACAGGAUAUAUAUAUAUUUGAUAAGGCAAGGAUGUGGAACAAAUGUUGGGUACCUACAAUAAUUGUUCAGCGGCGCGGGAGACGGGAGACCCACACACUUUGUACAUAGCACUUACGACUUUAAUCACUUUUGUCUAAUUUUGUUUGUCCUAUCGAAAGCCCAACAACAAAAACCAACCGCAGUAACAACAAAUAAACUAACGAAAAUUCUAGUUUAAAGCUUAACUGGCUUGGACUUUUCAAUUUGUUUGAGCUGAAAAAUAAAGAAAACUGAAAAUCAA